GAUAAACAAAGUGAACGUGGCUUUGGUUAGGAGAAGACAGAGCAAGAGAGAAACAAAUUACUAAGAGACAGAGAAAGAUGACGAUCGUGCUGAAGUGUGCUCACUGCCAACCAAGCCUUUCCCUGGAGGACUUCAAGAGGUGGUUAAAGCAGUUCGAUCGCAACGGCGAUGGUCUCAUAAGCAAGAGGGAGCUGCGGGCUGCCAUGCGCAGCGCCAGCGUGAGGCUCAGCUGGUUCAAGAGCCAAGAAGGCAUGCGGGAAGCCGACGCCAAUGGGGACGGUCUUCUUGACGACGAGGAGAUGGAGAAUCUGGUUGCUUUUGCUCAGAACAGGCUGGGCAUGAAGAUAGUAGCUUGAUCAAGCAUACCACCGCCAUCAUCUAUUUACACACACGUGCGCUCAUGCAAACACAACAAGCUUCUCUAGAAGGUUGUUGUUUCGCUAUUAUAUGAUCUGCGACUGCUAAACUGAUCUUGUAUCUACCACAUGAUCUAUAUUUACGUUCAUUGUGUAUGCUGUUCAUUGUCGUUUUUUUUUUCCAUCAAGUGUUUUCUAUACCCUAAUGUGCUAAGGCUUCCGUUAUCUUCGAAGUUGUUGCCUAAUAGAGUUUGCACUAUAUAAGUUGUUAUAGCA